GGUCUUUGAAUGCAUCGUUUAGGUCUCGUCGCUCUGCAGGAUGUCUUCAAACACCAGAUCAGGUAUUUACCUUUAACAUAUUUAACAUCAGUGUCUCUCCUCACUCCUCUCUCCUCAUCUUCUCAUCUUUUUAUCCUUCUAUCUUCAUCGUUUUGGUUUCACUUUGACUCUGACCUAUUGAGGAGAUUUUUAUGGAGAAGACUUUAGUUCAGAUUCUUCUGGUCGCCUGAUUGUAACUUUGAGUUCAGGAUGUUUUUUUAUAUUAUUAAUAACAAUCAUCUCUGUCUCCCUGCCCAUGUUUGUGUGUGUUUGUGUGUGUGCAGUGAGUGUGGAGGUUGUGUGUGUUUUGCUCUGCAGCACACUGAGCGGCGUGUGUUUAGCUCCUCUCUGUAUGAACAGUCACUCCAGCUGUCACGUCGUCUCUCUGUCCGACCUGUUCGAUCGAGUCAUCCAACACUCGUCCAGGAUGCACGGCGUCUCCAACGACCUGCACGCCGAGUUUGUGAGUCUACCUUACAUCAGAUUUAAAGAUGGAGACACUGACUGACCACAACUUUUCACUUUAUCUGAUUAUUUUUACUCAAAGGAGGGUUAUUACGCUUUUACACAUUUAAGACAAAAACGGCAAAGUUACAAAGUUUAGUGUCCAAACUAAAUCGAUGUUUUAAACGGCAAAGUAAACGUAUGUUUUCAUAAUCUAUAAAAUUUUAACAUCAGAAAUUCAAUUAUCCAAAACACUCAUUCACACACUCUCUUGUCUCUCUCUCUCCUCUGUGUGAGUCCAUUCUUCUGGUUCAUUCAUUCACUCCUGUUCAGCGCACUCGGCUGACAUUACUUUGACCGCCGACCUCUGAUAUUUGAUUCAUAACUUCCUGUUUGUCCUCACAGGAGCAGCACUUCCUGCCCAGUAAGAAUCAGAUCAGCCGGGUCAGUCGGAACUGUCACACCUCCACCAUCUUCACCCCGAACGGGAAGGAAAAUACUCAGAGGAUGGCGGUGAGUCUGCGUGAAAGAAAAAGAGAGAGACAGACUGAGAAAAAAGAGAAAGAGAUUAUCUGAUUGUAUAAAAUAAAAACAGUCUAAAUAUGGAGGUCUCAUGACAGUCUGAGUCUAUACAGUCUGGGUCUAUAACAGUCUGAGUCUAUAACAUUCUAUGUCUAUAACAGUCCAUAACGGAUACAGUCUGAGUCUAUGACCUUUUGAGUCUAUAAUAGUCUAUAACAGUCUGAGUCUAUACAGUCUGAAUCUAUAACAUUUUGAGUCUAUAAUAGUCCAUAACAGUCUUUGUCCAUAACAGUCUUUGUCUAUAACAGUCUAUAACAUUCUAAGUCUAUAAAUUUUCUUCUAUAACAGUUCAAGUCUAUCACAUUCUGAGUCUAUAACAUUCUAAAUCAAUAACAGUCUGAAUCUAUAACAGUUUGAGUCUGUACCAGUUUAAGUCUGUAUCAGCCUGGGUCUAUUAUUGUUAUAACUUAUAUGGUCUAAGUCUACAACAGUUUUAAUCUUUACAGUCUGAGUCUAUAAUAUUCUAAAUCUAUAACAUUCUGAAUCUGUAACAUUCUGAAUCUAUAACAUUCUGAAUCUAUAAUAUUCUGAAUCUAUAACAUUCUGAUUCUAUAACAUUCUGAUUCUAUAACAUUCUGAUUCUAUAACAUUCUGAAUCUAUAAUAUUCUGAGUCUAUAACAUUAUGAUUCUAUAACAUUCUAAAUCUAUAACAUUCUGAAUCUAUAACAUUCUAAUUCUAUAACAUUCUAAAUCUAUAACAUUCUGAAUCUAUAACAUUCUAAUUCUAUAACAUUAUGAUUCUAUAACAUUCUGAUUCUAUAACUGAGUCUGGUUACUUGUUAGUUUGUGACUCAUCGAUUUGUCAAAUUUAAUUUCAGACUCUGUGAAUAUUUUCUUCACUUCUGUAUAAAUGUUGAAUUCUUUGCUGUAAUACUUCAUUAAAAAAAACAUCUUGUUUGUUUGUGAAUUUUUAAAGUUAACUGAUGAUUUUAAAUAAUUUUGACUCACUAUCAAGUUUUUAUUUGAAAUGUUCUUUUUUGACCUCUUUAGAUAUAUUUGUCUAUUAUCAUGUUCAGUUUAAUUCAUAUAAUGUGUUUAAUGUAUUCUUUAAUGAUCUUUUUAAUGCAGUUAAAUCUAUUUUAAAUGUAUUUGUUUGUUGUUUAAAGUUCCUGUUGUCCCGUCAUGUCUGUAGGGUCAGGAGCUGACAGAGGUCAUCCUGAAGCUGCUGCUGGCGUGGAGGGAUCCUCUUUGGCACAUCCACCAGGGCAUGGCUCACCACCACGACUUCAACAACUUCAGCUCCAACAAAGUUCUGGAGAUGAGCGACAUGGUGCACGAACUACGCAAAGGUGUGGAGAAGGUGGCAGAGAAGGUAGGCAGUGGACCCGUGUGUGUGUGUGUGUGUGUGCGUGCACAGGUACACCUGCAGGGCUGUGUCACACUCAAAUACUGAGGCUUCAAACACAUUUCAGAUGUGAACCAUUUCAUUAAAGCAGACGCUCAGAUCUGCAGACGCUCAGAUCUGCAGACGCUUAGAUCUGGUUGCAAAAGUCAGCGGAUGAGCCUCAGAUGACGACGUUCAGAUCGGAGCCUCAGGUCUCAGACUCACUCAGUUUAAUAAAACAGUCUGGUUUGAGUUCUCCCCUCUCAGUGAGAGAGCGGAGUUUUCUGUCUCUUGUUUUUAAACUCACAGAUGUCUGAAGAUAUGAUCUCAUUAGCUGUCAUGACUGUUUCUCUGUGUCCUUCACGGCAGCGUUGACUAACAGUCUGAGUCGUCGUUCUAACCGUGCCCUCUCUCUCUCUCUCUCUCUCUCUCCUGCAGAUGCAGAUGUCAGGGAUCAUCAGUAACUCCGUCAGCAGUCGAGCUUCUCCUGAAGCUCCUCCUCUGGCUGACAGUCCGGAGUGGCGUCUGAUGAAGGUGUACGACCUCCUGUACUGUUUCCGCAGAGACUCCAACAAGGUGCAGAACUACCUGAAGAUCCUGAAGUGUCGUAUCGUCCCCGAGCACGGCUGCUGAGGGGGGGACACUCUGACGUCUGACUGGAUGGAGGAAAUGAAUAAACUCACUUGUUACACCUGAGGAGAGGCUCACAGGUGUGCUCACAGACCCGCUCACAUGGACUGACAUGACUGUGGACAGGACGGCGUGAAUCAUGACUCCUGUAUGAUGCAAAUCAUGUUUAAAGUCAGUAAACAUAAAAAUCAUGAAACCGUGAAAA